AUGUCAUCCUCGAGCCCAGUCCUGUCCCCGAUCAGCAUUCGCGAACAGCCCCCGACAGUUCACUUGCGCACCGGCCUCGCUGUCACCGACGACGAUAGCUCAUCUCCCAACACGCCAACGACGCUGCCUGAACGCCCCGCACCAGGUUUCAUGAUUCGCAUCCCGGCCUCGGCGGGGCGCGUUUCGGGCACCCCGUCUCGCGUCCUGGAUCGAGACGAUAGCCCCGCGUCAGCGCCAGCGUCGGUGGGAAAGCGCAAGCGCCGCGUCGAGCCAAUAGGAGAUACGAUCGCUGCGAACCGACCACGUCGCGGGCGCCCGUCGACCGGCUCGCCGUUCAUCGACGGUCCUGGGGCGACUGGCACGACUUCAAGAGACGUGUCGUCCGCUCCAACCUCGCGCGCAAACUCGACAGCGCCGCCAAACGCACUGAGUAUCUUCCAAGAAGCCAACUCGUCCGAGAUUUCAGCCGAGGUGCAGACGAUAGUGGGAUCAAGCACGGGGAAAGGCAGCCGUGAGGUGCGCGGGUUGGUGGAUGCAGCGGCGCGCCCCACUCGUGGCGGCGAGAACCACGUCCGAUCGGGAGUGAGCGCGAGCGGACGUGGACGCCGUGUCGGAUCGCGUGUCGCUAGUGCAAAGGGGACCGGCGGUCGCAAGGGCAAGAAGCCCGAGGGCCCAGAAAUUGUCAACCAGGACUUUUGCAGCUCAUGCCGUGGCAUCGGGCGCUUCCUAUGCUGCGACGGAUGUCCGCGCUCGUUCCAUUUCAUGUGCCUCGAGCCGCCAUUUCGCAUCGACGAACUCCCAGAGUCUGAGACGUGGUACUGCAACAAGUGCGCGUCAGAAAGAAACCCAGCACCUGCACCCGAUUCACCCUCUGGCAUCAAAUUUACAGACCGCACCAUCGCGACCGUGUUUGGUCAUCUGAUUAAGCGGGUCGAGAACAACAACCCCGAACAGUUUCGCCUUCCCCAGGACAUUCGCCAAUUUUUCGUCGGCGUGUCUGCGGGCCCGUUAGGAGAGUAUGUUGACACCGAGGCUGCACGCACAAAGCUUGACCGCAAGGGUUUCCAAGAAGAACGUGAUCCCGUGCGUCUCCGCGACGUAAAGAACCGUCCUAUCGCAUGCUACAAGUGUGGCGGGACGUCUGUGCCGACGAGACAGUUAGCAUCCGAUCCGGGGGCGCAGUGGCGGCCCCUCGUCUCAUGCGACUACUGCAACCUCCAUUGGCAUCUGGAUUGCCUCUCGCCACCUCUGGCCGCCAUGCCAAGUGCGGCGAGAAAGUGGAUGUGCCCAAACCACUCGGACCAGGUGAUGCCGCGCCGGCGUACUGUGCGCAACGGUUUAGAGACCGUCGAUGUCGAGAACGUGGGUUCGUACAAUAACGGCAAUGUGACUGUCAUCGACGCGCCAGAGGUCGAGCCGGAAAUCCCGACCGACGACAUGGUUAUAAACAACAAGAAGUAUCGUGUCCCGGAACGCAUCAUUCAGCUCGAUUUCUGGAACAAGCUGCGUGCGAACCGCACACGCGAAGCGCCGGCCGUCACGGAGGCGCGUGAGGCGCAAGCACGGAAGGCUGUCGCUGCGGCGUCACCAGAGGAGCUGGAGGCAGCCAGGCUCUUAGUCGCUUUCGGCUUCACCGAUGACGACGACGGGGACGCGGAAAUGGUCGACGGCGAGGUGUCUCCCCGCGAUGAGAAGGAUGAGGCUGUGGGCCCCAAGUUCAAGGUGAAGCAGGAGGUGAACGGGUCGCGCACGCCUGUCGGCGUGGGGCGUCCUCGCCCGUCUCGUGGCGUCAAUGGGAGUGGGGCCACGACACCGGCAGGAUCGUCUGCCCCGGCUCGGCUGCCCAGAAGUGGGUCAAGUGAUGCGCCGCGUCGUAUCACCCUUCGGGUGGGCCCGCCGUCGCAGUGA